GUACUUCCCCAGCCGAUCAGAAGCAUUUCCAGGCGACGUAAACUGGGUUUGGCUGAAGGAGCGGAGAGAAAAAAAGAAAUUUGAAAUUGUUGGAGGUGAAGUUGGUGAUUCGACCAUGGCUGCUGAGCUGGACUUCUCUCCCCCUGAAAUUCCAGAGCCUACCUUCAUGGAGAACAUCCUACACUAUGGCCUUUUCUUUGGUGCCAUUUUCCAGCUCAUCUGUGUGUUGGCCAUAAUCCUUCCCAUUCCGAAGUCAUAUAAAACAGAUACUGAAAGCUCUGAGAUGAAAAGCUCAGAAAUGAUGAAGAAACCCAGGAAUGUGGCUACAUCAGUGAGCAAGAAGCCCAAGAAAGAAACCAAAAAGAAGCGAUAAAGCAGCAUCAUGAUGAACCUUUAAAGGCGAUGUGUUGGCAACCAUCAAUCUUUCUUGAAGAUGACAUCUGUGAACAGCAAUGUACAAAGCAUCCAGUGCAGCUGUGCUUAUUCUUAUGUCUGGUCAAGAGGAACCACAUGAGGAUUAUUGUUUCAUCUGAUCUGUUGUAAAUACCUGUAUGGGUUACUGAACUUCCCUCCUUGGGAUGAAAUAUAGGGGCAGAAGAGAGUUGUCUAUCUCCUUUGGGGAUGUCUGAGAUAUAAAGUGCAGGUUCCCUGAAAGGAAAUUGGACCAUAGGCUUUGCCUCCUCCAAAUGCCUUUUACCAUAUAGAUAUAUUGUAAAGACGAGGGAUCAAGCACAACAGCUUCUUUUUUUGUAUGUUCUCAAUGAGCUUAAAAUAACUGAUUUUAUAACCUCGUGAUGUUUUCACCUUGUUAAAAAGAAUCUCGUAAUUCUUAUAAUUACCUCCCUGAUUUUAGCUUUCCUUGGGUAAGAGCAUUCUCUGCUAUUCUGACUACUCUUUCCCUUGCACCUAUUAUAUAAGUAAGUCAUCUCUCUCCUUUCUACUUUGAAAUGCAUUUGUGACUCUCUUUUUUUUAAGGUUUAGGUGGGCUGAAUGAAUGAGAACCAUGACUCACAUAAAGUGAUAGGGUAAGCUUGCUUGGUAGUGGAGGUGUUGGUUCCUGCGGAACUUGGGAGGGGGAAAAGAACUAUCUGCAUACAGAUGAAAACUUCACAGUAGGAACAAAAGUAGAACAGUUCAAGUUAGGGAUGUGCACAAAGCAUUUCAUGCAGCCGCGUGGGGACAGAAAGCGGUAGCUUUAAAAGGAGGCAUGCAGAUCUUACCUGCUUCUCUUCUGCCCCCUGUGGCGCUGUUGGCCCUAAAAAGCCAUGUGGCUGUGGUGCUGCUCUGAGCAGCCCAUGUGUGGCAUCAGCACACACAUGGCUGCCGCACAUGCAUGGUGGCCAUGCGCAUGCCUACCCCUCACACGGGCUGCUCAUAGCAGCACCACAGCCACGUGGCUUUUUAGGACCAACAGCGCCACGGGGGGAUGGGUGGCGGGCGGAGAAACAGGUAAGACCUGCAUGCCUCCUUUUUAAAACUUACUCAUCCCCCGCUGAAACUAUUUGGCUGCAGCAACUUGGAUUGUUUCAGUGUCUCUCUAAUUAGGCACUGAAAUGAUUCGGGCACAUCCCUAGUUCUUUCAGAGAUACACAGAAUCCAGUGCUGUUCAAUGGCCAGAGGCGUAUCUAGGGAAGAUAGCGCCUAGGGCAAGCGCUGAAAUUGCGCCCCCUGUCCAAACAUCUGACACUCAUCUUUCAGAUAACUUUACCAUAAUAUCAGCUGAAAAAUACAAGUCUGAAGGUCACAUACAAGUCACAUAUAUGAAUAUGUGUACAGUGUCAUAUUAUAGUAAUUUUUUUAUUAAAAAAAUUACCUGUAGCCCCUUUGGGGGGCUUCCUAAAGGCCAUGGGGGGUCUACAAAGGUUACCCCUCCCCCCCACUGGCCUCUAGGGCCUCACAGGGACCAUUUGAGCAUGUGCGGUGGCCAUUUUUUAAAAUAUAUAUUUUUUAAAAAAAAAUGGCCAUUGAAAACAAAAUGGCCACUGCGCAUGCUCAAAUGGCCUCUGCGAGGCCUGGCAUGGCCUAGGGCCUCACAGAGGCCAUUUGAGCAUGCGCUGUGGCCAUUUUGUUUUUGGCAGCCAUUUUUUAAAAAAAAUUAAUGUUAAAAAAUGGCACCCCCUUUCAAGUGGCGCCCAGGGCACGUGCCCUGCAUGCCCCAUGCUAGAUACGCCCCUGUCAAUGGCCUUUAUUUAUAUUACUAGCAAAGCACUCUGCUUGACAUCCAGAGCAAUGUACUGCUUGUGGAAGGAUUUUACACUAGCCCAGCUUUUGCUCUAUCUAAUAGCACUAAGUCUGGAGGCUGCAUUCCAAACUAGUGUUGUGCUCCCAUAAAUAUUAUUCUGGUUGUGCAACAGCAACACAGCUUAUUUCAAUGGGAACUUUUCUAUAGUGUUCUUGUGCCAUCACAUUUUUAGCACAACUAAGCUAACUUCUUGCAUGAUCACAAAUUUGCUCAUUCUGUAAGCAGUUUGUUGCUCUGGAUGUCGCAGCCAUUGUUAGCCUCCCUUGUCUAUGAGUGUCUGCAUAGCAGGCUGCUUCUCACAUUUUUUUUUGGUCAUAGAUCUCAAGAAAUCAUUUUGUUUUACGUAUUUGGUAUGUAUUCUAUCUAUAUCCCACCUCAUUAACCAAAGUUCUCAAAGAUCCACAUGAGUGUAAUUUUAGAACAUGUAGAUGCCUGUCAAUUUCACUCUCUACAGUAUUCAGGGAAGCCAGGAAGGACAGGUCUAGAGUUAAAUUGUCAGCCAUGUGAUCGUUCAAAGGUAUGGUUAAUAGGGGUUGAGAAACACAGCUGAAUUCCACUGUCACGUUUUUGACAUGUUGAUUCUCUCGCCAAUAAUGUACCCUGUCCCUUUUCAUAUAAAGAACUGUUAUGAA